GGGGAGUGCGUGUAUGACGCCACAUCCGGCUUGGGGCGGAACUGGUAUCCCGCUGCUUCCGCGGCGGGGCCGGAAGUAGAAGCGGUGGUGGCGGCGGCCCAAAGCGAAGGGAAGGAGGAAGAGAGGGAGCCCGAGAGCCAGAGCCGGAGACGCCGCGGCGGAGACCCCUGUGCGGUGCGGAGGGGGCGGCGGCCCCGGCUCUGACCCGCGCCGGGGGGGUGGGCCAUGGCGGAGAUAAGCGACCUGGACCGGCAGAUCGAGCAGCUACGGCGCUGCGAGCUCAUCAAGGAGAGUGAAGUCAAAGCCCUGUGCGCUAAAGCCAGAGAGAUCUUGGUGGAGGAGAGCAACGUGCAGAGGGUGGACUCUCCAGUCACAGUAUGUGGUGACAUCCAUGGACAAUUCUAUGACCUCAAGGAGCUGUUCAGAGUGGGUGGCGAUGUCCCUGAGACUAACUACCUCUUCAUGGGGGACUUUGUGGAUCGUGGUUUCUACAGCGUCGAAACGUUUCUCCUGCUGCUGGCACUUAAGGUUCGCUAUCCUGACCGCAUCACCCUGAUCCGGGGCAACCACGAGAGCCGUCAGAUCACCCAGGUCUACGGCUUCUAUGACGAGUGUCUGCGCAAGUACGGCUCGGUGACCGUGUGGCGCUACUGCACUGAGAUCUUUGACUACCUCAGCCUGUCGGCCAUCAUAGAUGGCAAGAUCUUCUGUGUGCACGGGGGGCUCUCCCCCUCCAUCCAGACGCUGGACCAGAUCCGGACAAUUGACCGAAAGCAAGAGGUGCCCCACGACGGGCCCAUGUGUGACCUGCUCUGGUCCGACCCUGAAGACACCACAGGCUGGGGCGUGAGCCCCCGUGGGGCUGGCUACCUGUUUGGCAGUGACGUGGUGGCCCAGUUCAACGCAGCCAACGACAUUGACAUGAUCUGCCGUGCUCACCAACUGGUGAUGGAAGGUUACAAGUGGCACUUCAACGAGACUGUACUCACUGUGUGGUCAGCACCCAACUACUGCUACCGCUGUGGGAAUGUGGCAGCCAUCUUGGAGCUGGACGAGCAUCUCCAGAAAGAUUUCAUCAUCUUCGAGGCUGCUCCCCAAGAGACACGGGGCAUCCCCUCCAAAAAGCCCGUGGCCGACUACUUCCUGUGACCCCUUCGGCCCUGCCCCUCUCCGGCCCCCGGACCACUGUGACUCUGCCCUCUUCAGACGGAGGCUGGGCAUGGGGGGACUGUCCCCGGCUUUGCUCUCCCUGCGAAAGAGGGCACUUCGAGGGUGAGGACUUUUCUGGAGAGGCUGGGAGCCUCAGUUCCAUGCUCCUCCCAUCUCCCCACUUGAACCAUGAAGUUUCCAAUAAUUUUUGGUUUUCUUUUUUUCCUUCUCUCUUUUUUUUUUUUUUGUUUGUUUUUAGAUAAAAAUUUUGAGAAAAACAAAAAAAAAAAGAAAAAAAUUCUAAUAAAAGAAGAAAAAUGG